UGUUCUCCCUCUCUCUCGACGCAUCGAGAGGGGGGAGAGGCCGUUGCAACCGGGUUAAGGUAAGAAAAGCGAGGGAGAGAUGCAUCGGUGCUCGAUGGAGACGAAGAAAGAGGGCAGAGGAUAGGAUACCAGGCGCACGUGCAGCCCUGGCCGUAAUUGAGCCAGCGCCGCCAAUCUGCACUCGUCGGGGGCGGUUCUCCGAUGGCCGGGGGUUGGAGUGAGCCGCACAGAGACUGGCUGAUACGCGUCGUCUGGAGUAGGAAACCCGUAGGGCGGUAGAACCGCCGGAAAAAGCAAGCGAAUCUACAAGCUCGGUCGUGAUAACGGUGGUGGUGAACGAGACGACAGCCGCGACCGACUCCCGGCGUUCAAAUCACGGCCGAGCGCGGCGCCUGAUAGUUACACCGACGCUUGUGUUAUCCGCGGACGCGUCUUGGCGGAAUCGACCAUGGUCGCGAUACCACGGGAGCACAGCCUAUCGCGGGUACCAAAACGCAACGAGAACGUCGGAUCGAAAGAUUGAGAUCCAAAGCUACCUCUCAACAGAGCGUAAAGAUCGUAAAGGGGGCUGGAACUAAACCGUUGAAUGUGCAAUCGGUACGAUGUACAGUUUAUACAGAGCUUGGUUCGGCGACAGUGUGAUCGGUGACAGUUACACGCGAUUCCAAGAAACUCUGUCGCCGCCAGACACGGUCGUCAGAGUCGGGAACGAGGGGGAGCAUCAGUUUAUCGCUCACAAAGGAGUCCUGGCUGCCCACAGCGGCUACCUCAAGGCUUUGUUGACCAGUGCCGCAACAACGCCUAACAGUGCCAAUGCGAACGUUGCGAAUCUGCCAGCGACAGCUAUCGCAGUCACGACCUCGAGUCUUUCGGGACAAUCGACGCGACAACCGGUCACGUCCGUCUCGGUCUCAUCGAUUGGUGGAGAAGCCUUCGCGCCUCUGUUGAAUUACAUGUACACGGGACGGUUAGAAGUGACGCUGGACAACGUUUACAGCGUGUUGUUGGCGACGCAUUUGUUGCACAUGCCCGGGGCAUUGGAGCAGUGCAGAGCGGCGUUGCUCAGGCUGAGGGCACCGCCGCCUCUGCCGACGCCGAUACCAGUUCCGGUGGGACCGACCUCGACGCUCACGUCCACGCCAGGCUCCGGGAACAUACUGAGACCGAUACCCAACCGACUGAUAAUAGAUCCCAGCAUGUGUUGGCCACCGACCACGCCGCUUUAUCCACCGACCGCGCCACCCGCAUCCAUCGGUAUACCGCAUCUGUCUCAAUUGCAACCGUCCGUCCUGAUGCAAUCGACCGUUCCGCUCGGCGUUACCGUUGCCCCGACCUCCAGCGUACAAGAAACGCUAACCUCCGCGCGAUUUAGCAAGGUGCCAUCGCCUAAGCCGACGAUGUUCCAAAUCGAGCGGAACCGCGGGACCAGAGAGGCGAGAGCAAAGUCUCCGGAGAACGUGUCGUCCACGUCGUUGCCAUUCGUGGCGGCGGCGGCGGCGGCGUUCAACGCGUUCGCCGCGUCGAACGCAGCGACCGCGACCAGGGCAUCGUCGCCGACGCAGUCGGUGUCCCCGAGCCCGUCCACGGCGUCCCAGUCGUCGCUGCCUUCCUGUCGUAGCAAGAAGUCCACCUCGACGGAGCAACGACGGUACAAGGAGGAACGCGAUCGCGAGAAUCCGAACACCAGCAGACAGACGCAAGGUCGUGCCUCGUCGUCGCCCACGGAGGACACCGCUGGGCGUCGCCAUCGCGGCAGGAACGCAGAGACGCUGUCGAUCGCGGAGAACGAUCGAGCUCGAUCGUCCAGGCGAAGGGGACGCGGAUCGAGCGGCAACGAGGGCUCUUCCAGCGGUGUUUUGUCUGUGGUUUACGAUAUCGCCUGCUGCGACGGGCCAGUCAAGUUCCACCGUGUCCUGAACGAGAACUAUUCCUCGUCAGUGGCCACCUGCGGGCCCAACUCCGCGUCGCAGCAGCGUCUGCAGAGAUCGUGCUUCGAACCGGAGAACACGUCGAGCGAGAACGACGAGAACGGACGACCGCCAACGGUCAGGAUGAUUCGCGAUCCGACAGAGUCCGUGAUCGACUCGAACACCACCACCGAGAGCUACACGUGCGGCUACUGCAAGCACACCUUCAAGUCCCAGUACUGCUACAGAAAGCACACCAAGAGACACCUGCUGCCCACCAGAGCGAACGAGUCGAUCGCCGUCAGACCCCGUCAGGAUAUACCGCGAAGCAGAAGGGAGGUGCGGUUGCUGGACCUGAACGUCCAGUACUAUCCAUGCAAGAUCUGCGGCUGCAAGUUCCCCAGCUACUACUUCGUGCACAAGCAUCGAAAGCUCUGUCACGCGAACAUGGAGGAGAGACAGCAGUCGGACGAGACGAUCGGCACGCCCACGGAGGACCAAGAGUCCACCACUUCGACGACCAACGACAGACAAUGAGGAUCCGAGGAUUAAACUCUCCAUCCUAUUAUAGAGAAUUUGCAAUGGGGGACGCUACAUCGAGACGAAGGGGGCGUAUACGUAUUGCUACCGGAAGUUACUUGGGAUGGUGUCGUUGCAUCUUAGCUGACCACGUCGACGAUUUAACCAACAUUUUAGAAUUAAGAAGUUACGACACUGUAAAAUCAAAAUAAUUAAAGUGCAAUGAACGAACUGUUUACAUGUUUUUUCUGCGUACUUUCUUGCGAGGGAAAUAUAAAGUAUCGUUCUAGAUUAGGAUUAAUGUUGCCCGUUGUGUUUGCGUUGAUAACGAAAUAUAAUCUACUGUUAACGCAUUCGCCGCGAUGAUUUUUUCCCCGUGGAUUUUCGCACAAAAGAAAAAUAGGUUGCUCGAUCUAAAUCACUUAGCGAUAACUAUAGUCAUCUCACAUACUUAGGAUGUUAAUAGUAAAAUGGCGGACGUUCGAACGAUAGAGUCGAGUUAUUUCUGAAAGUAAAAUUUAUCUUUUCCAUAAAGUCUUGAAAAAUAAUAAAUGUUGCAAAUGGUGAGAUAAUUUGCAAUUCUCAACCACAAUGCUAUUCUCGAAAAUGAACGUUUCUAACGUAAUUAACAAUGGACGAAUAACCGUGUGUGCUUUCGAGUAAUUAUUUACGAUACACCAAUUAAAAAAACGUGAAAAUUCCAGGAAAU